UGGUUGUAGGGAUUUCUCUCAUCUGGGACGAUAAAGGGCAGAAGGGUCCCUUUGUUCUUGCUGAAAGGUUCAUGGGUUGAGGUCUGUAGCUUGAGAGCUUUGCGUGUGGCUUUGUCAAAAUGAGUGGGGUUGGGUUUUGGGUUUUGGCAAUAGCCGUUGGAACGGCUUUAACGUUCCUUGCCUGCAGCGGCUACUUUCCAGGGUGGUUCUUGGAAAUGGAAGAGGAGUUUGUUGCCGUCCUUCACAACAACACAUGGGACCUCAUUCCACAAUCACCGACAAUGAAUUUAGUAGGGUGCAAGUGGGUUUUCAAAACAAAACUUCACUCAAAUGGAACUCUUGAACACCUAAAGGCUCGACUCAUUCCAAAAGGAUUUAAUCAAAUUCCAGAUUCAGUUUUCCAUGACAAUGAAGAAAGGGUCCUGACAAUGCCAACACACAGGAAAUUAAAGGAGAGGAUUUAUAAACUGAAUGGUGUUCUUAAGAAGAAGAGGGACUUGAGCAGUGUAAACUUGGAGGAUUAUCGCCCUGUCGAUCCAGUUCCAAGUUCAAAGGCGUCUAUCAAACCAGGGCCCACCCCACAUGGCACUCCUCUCAUUCCUUACAUUCCACAGCCGACUCCUCCAAAUCAUCCUGGCCCUAAGCAUGGUGGGUCCCCCUAACUGAUGUAAAAUAGAUGCCAUAAUAACUUAGUAAUGUUAGCAUACUACCUAUGUGGACCACUCAUCUUGCUGGACCUUCCAUCCAUGCACCAUGGCUCAAGUCCUAUUUCCCGAAUUUAAGGAAGAAAUUACAACUGCCCUUUUCUUUUUGUUGCUUCUUCAGGCCACUGAGCAAAUGUCUGGUAUCAUCCAAUGACUCUGAUUUUUGGGCCAUGUCUUGAAUACGGUGGGUCCCACCGGAUAAGUGGACCAUGCAUCUGAACUUGCGUGCAAUUUAGCAUGCCUUGUCGUAUGUAAGAGGUGUGUUUGUUUUUUUAGUUAUCAGCACAUAUUUGAAAAAUGUAAUGUGAUUUCAUCUUCA